GAAGCGUAGAAGCAAUCCAGACAAUAUGGCUCCAGCACGACCAAGGAACGAGGUGGGGAUCGAGAUUGACCGUGUCACGAACGUUACAAGCACAGACUUCCCUCAGCACUGGCCAGGAGAGGAUCACUCAUGGGAUCUCGACUAUUUCAAGAAGACCUUUAAAGUGGAUUUUAGAUCGCGGGAAGGAGACGAUAUGGAGUUCGACCUCAUUGGUCUUGAUGCAUCAAUCGCAAACGCUUUCCGUCGUAUCCUGAUUUCAGAAAUCCCAACUAUGGCUAUCGAAUACGUUUUCGUUAUCAACAAUACAUCCGUCAUUCAGGAUGAGGUGCUCGCUCACCGUCUCGGUCUCAUCCCCAUUCGCGCCCACCCAGAUCGCUUCGCAUGGUUCCAGAAGCCAGCAGAGGGUGAGGAGCCCAACCACACAGAUUACGAUACUGUCGUCCUUACGCUAGACCAGAAGUGUGAGAGGAACCCAGAUGCUGCUGAGGGAGAGAAGGACCCGUUGAAGGCGUACAUGGGCGCACAUGUAUAUUCUAGGGACUUGCAGUGGCAGCCGAAGGGACAGCAGGAGGAGUGGUUCGCGGAUGCUCCUGUGGAGGCAGUGAACCCCAAUAUUUUGAUCGCGAAAAUGCGUCCAGGACAGGAGAUUCAGUUGCAGCUUUACGCGGUGUUGGGUAUUGGAAAGGAUCACGCCAAGUUCUCCCCUGUCUCCACGGCGUCAUAUAGGCUGCUGCCGGUCAUCAGAAUCAUUUCGCCGAUCGUUGGAAGGGAUGCUCACAAGUUCCAGAAGUGCUUCCCACAAGGUGUCAUUGAGUUGGUUAAGAACGCGGAUGGAGAGGACGAGGCUAGGGUUGCGGACGCACGGAAAGACACCGUUUCCCGCGAAUGCCUGCGACAUGAAGAGUUCCAGGGCAAGGUGCAGUUGGGUCGUGUGAGAGAUCACUUUAUCUUCUCCAUUGAGUCUACUGGGGUCAUGACGCCCGAUGAGUUAUUCCGCAAGUCGGUGGCUGUGUUGAGGCAGAAAGCGAUUGCUGUCAAGCAGGCUUUGGAAGCAGGAAGGCGUUAAACAAAUGAUCCUGAAAAGAGACUUUUUCGAUUUGGGUUAUGGGUGUCUUUUAUGUGUUUGAUUCAGCGU